UGGAAUGGGGAUGAUAGUACUGCUCCAACAUCAUAACGAUGAUCUGCCUGUAGUCGGACCCCGGAUUUGCCAUCUCGCCUCCAGGAAUUGUAUUCCUUCCGGUGCAAGAGGCGAACGGGGCUGAAAGCGGUGCGCUUGCACGCGUGGCCAAGCGGUUCUAAUAGGUACUCUCUUCGUAAUAAUCUACCACCAGACCAUGUGUCCAAUUUUUUGAACUUGCCAUUUUUUUACAAAUCACUCUUUUUACACCCAUCUCAUUUGGGCUCACCUUUAGUAUUUCUUCUCUGAUUCCCCUCCUUGGGUGGUUGGGAAAUCACGAAUGUUGCUGACUUGACUGGGUGGUAUUUCCGACGACUUUGUCUCACCUGGCCUCUUCCUCAGCCUGCUUCCCUGAUCGCCUUCGUCCCCUCCUAUCUCGCCCGUGCUUGUCACGGUAAACGGUUUUCAGCAUCAUGGCGUCUACGCCGGCGAGAUAUGUGCGAUACAUUCUUUUUGCCGUCUUGGCAUUGACGGUUUUCUUCUUCUUCUCGAGAUCCGCUAUUCCCAUCCCCGAGAACAUUGGUUCCAGGCUGAAUCCGAGUACCUAUAAGGAGGCGUCGAAAUCACCUGAAUCCUCCUCUUUCAACAAUGCCGCUCCAGCCAAGCAGCCCGGUUCGGCGAACGUUGGCGCUCCUACUGGUCGUGUGAAUGCGACAUUUGUGACAUUGGCCCGCAAUUCAGAUAUCUGGGACAUUGCGGAGUCUAUUCGACAGGUCGAGGACCGCUUCAACCGUGAUUAUCACUAUGACUGGGUCUUCUUGAACGACAAGGAGUUUGAUGACGACUUCAAGAAGCUCACAUCGGCCCUGGUCUCUGGAAACACACAUUACGGUCUUAUUCCUAGGGAGCACUGGUCCUACCCUGACUGGAUCGAUCUAGACAAGGCGAAGAAGGCUCGGGAGGAAAUGGGUCAGAAGAAGAUCAUCUAUGGUGACUCUGAGAGCUAUCGACACAUGUGCCGUUAUGAGUCGGGCUUCUUCUUCCGCCACCCAUUGAUGCUGAACUACGAAUACUACUGGCGGGUGGAGCCCAGCAUUAAACUGUUUUGCGACGUUGGGUUUGACCCCUUCCGGUUUAUGAAGGAGAACAACAAGAAGUACAGCUUCGUCCUGAGUCUGUACGAAUACUAUGAGACCAUCCCAACUCUUUGGGACAGCGUGAAGAGUUUCAUGAGCAAGCACCCAGAACAUAUCGCUGAGCAAAACUCAAUGGGCUUCCUGAGUGACGAUGGAGGCGAGACGUACAAUAAAUGUCACUUUUGGUCGAAUUUCGAGGUUGGAAGUCUGGAAUGGCUGAGGUCCCAGCAAUACCUUGAUUAUUUCGACGCUCUUGACAAGGACGGCGGUUUCUUCUAUGAACGCUGGGGCGAUGCUCCUGUUCAUUCCAUUGCGGCCGGAUUGCUGCUGAAUAAGGAAGAGAUUCAUUUCUUUAACGAGAUUGCCUACUACCAUGUUCCCUUCACCCAUUGCCCGACUGGUGAGCAGACAAGAUUGGACCUGAAGUGCCACUGCAACCCCAGUGACAACUUUGACUGGAAAGGAUACUCAUGCACAUCAAAAUUCUUCGAAUUCAACAAACUCCAAAAGCCCAAGGGAUACCAAGAUGAGUCGUGACUGACCGUUGUCAGAAAUAUCUGCCUAUUCUUUAUUAUAGCCGGAUGCAUCGUUUUUGCUACGUGUAGCCAACUCCGAGAAAGGGUUAUUAGAAGGGCGCAAAUUUUCCUCGGCAGACGUUAAUGUUAGCAAAUCCAAAGCGAAGCAUUACCCAGUCCGUGAGGAAUAAUUUUGGAAUGAGAGGCGUAUCCCGCGCAUUUUCGGGCUUUCUGAAUGGCAUCUUGAGUUGCGAUCUGGAUGCCAUGUUCAGAAUUAUUGUUGACAAGCUUUCGUCAUUUCUUACCCACUUUAUAGCGUUUAGGGCUUCACUUACAUGUGUUAGUAUUAUAUGGCGUUUGUGACACUUUUGAAUCAUGGGCCAUCAUUUUUUUUUAAUAUGGUUAUUUAUAUCAGGGGAAAAAAAAAAAAAAAAAA